AUUUUUACGUUGAUGAGCGAUGAUUGUUGUUUGAAAAUCUUCGUUCUUCGUGCCAAUAAUUAAUAUUACUUACAUAUUAUAUCAACAAAUAAUUUUAUUAUUUAAACUUAUGGUAAUAAAUCAGUCGUAUACAUAAUUUUUUAUUCCAAUUUUAACCUUAUGUUUCAUAUUUUGCAAUAAUCUAUUGAAUAAUUCAUCAUCUGUACAUCACAGUACUACGUUAUGAAGGCUUUUUUGGAAUGGGUACGAAAUCGUUUCACCAAGGUCGACUUAAUGUACUUAGUUGAUAUUGAUGAUGAAAAUCUUCAAUUAUUGUUAUUCCAGAAUGGACCCAGCAGAGAUGAAUUUAUAAAGGUUUUGGUAUAUAAAUUGUUGUUGGAUAUUGAUCCUGAGUCUGAAUACUCAAAAACAUAUGAUUUAGAAUACAUACUUGUGUCCUUUGGUUUGUUGACUAAAAAAACGGCGCAAUUUUUUUUAGAAGGUAAUAUGUCAACAAAGUUACACAUAGCUACAUGGAAAAUAAUUAUUGAAUCUUUGAUACCAACUACAACAAUCACCACUCAAUAUCCAAGAUAUGAAGAACUAAUGAAUGAUUUUUACGAAAAGAGUAAUUAUUUUCGAUCUGCUGAAAAUAAAAAUUAUCUUCCUCCAGAACUUAUGUCAAAGUUGAAAAUUGAAAGGGUAUUAAACGAAAACAGUGAGAGUAUUGAUGAAAUUUCAGACCAGUUAAUCAAGCUCAUUAAUAAUCCAGUAAUACAUGAUGAAAAUAGUGAUUUUAAAUCUUUCUCAAACUGUAAGGAACAACAAUUAGAUUCAAACACAGAGUUUAUGGACUUAAUAUCAAUAAAAAAAGAAGUUGAUCAAUGUAUAGAGAUCUCUAAUAACAAAAAGAUAACUCCAUUAAAUAAUGAAGGCUCAAUUAAAAUGACCCCACAAGAGUUUCUUGAACUAACUGAAAAACAAAAUUUGAUUCAUACUGAUAAUUUAGAAUCAAAAUUAGAACAUAUCCAUAAGCUUGUAAAAGCUGAACAAGAUUUACAAAUCUUAGCUGAUUCAUUAAUGGUACAGGUAUAAUAUUAUGAAUUAUUAACUACAUUCUUAUUACUUUAUAAUAAUACAAAAAUUGUUAUAAUAUAAGAUGAGAAAUACUGAAAAGUAUUAAAAAUGUUUAAUUUUAAACCCAUGUGGAAUGAAUAUUUGGAUGUAUGA